AUGGAUUGCUUUGUUCACAGACAUGAGUUGAAAAUCUUCAUGAAGAAGUUUCGACUACUGAUGGGAACAUUGCUUCAUGUAUGGAUGUACACGAGUCUCAGGUAUCGUAAACGUGAAGUUCAAAAUCUGCUCAACCUCACGAAUUCUUUCAUCUGGGAAGACCUGCCGACGAGAGAUCCAGACAGUGGGAACUUAACAACGACGGGGUACAUGCCGAUCAUCGAAAGACUCACCAUAUACGUAUCGACGGGUGCGUUUCUAUUCCACGGAGUGCAGAGUAGUGCCCGAAUUGUGCUGAACCACGAUAUGGUUCUCACCACGUGGUACCCUUUCGACGCAACAGUGAGCCCAGUGUAUGAAAUCGCAAAUUUAACACAGGGAAUUGCAUCAAUCUUCCAUAUUGCCAUAAAUGCUGCCUUCACAAGCCUGUACGCCACGUUAGUGUGUGUAGCCUGCAGUCAGCUGGAGAAGCUCAGAGCGGCCCUCCUGGAUAUCGGACAGACACACGUCACAGCAGAGCGGGAUAGUGGGACACAGGCUGACCUACUGGAGGCACAAGGACAGGCUCGUGCCUCAGAGGAACUGUUCCGUCACAUGCAGAAACAACUGAACAACUGUAUACGUCAUCACCAGGAAAUUAAACGGUAUAUGGACACAUUGGAAAACGUGAUGAAUCUUCCACUUUGCGGAGUGUUGCUCAUUUUGCUAACAGUGCUGUGUUUUGUCGCCUUCUCUGCCGUCACGAGCUGGGGAGAUCACGCAGAUUCAUCGCAGGCUCUAGCCAUUUAUGUGAUGAUGCUAAUCUCGGUGUAUGCCCACUGCUGGAUUGCAAGCGAACUGUCCGAACUGAUGGUGAGUCAGUCGAUAUCCAUCUUCAUGUUCCUUCUGCAGAUGAAAGACAGGAACAUUGAUGCUGAUCAGGGAGCAUAA